CCUCACCCACCACCCCCACCACCCGCACCCCGCACAAUGGUCAAGGCCGCCGACGUGUGGGUCGCGCUCGACGCCGAGCAGGCGCAGCAGAGCCCGCAGUACCGGCUCGAAGUGAUCCGCGCGUACCUGCUGCACAAGGUGCGGCGGCACCGCUCAAAGGUCGAGCUGCAGCUCAAGCUCAUCCCGCUCGAGCGGACCUACCCCCACUUUGCGGACACGUUCCAGACCGCGCGGCUCGAGUUUGCGCUCCCCGCGAGCCCGGUCGUCGGCGCCCCGCCCCCGCACCUCGCACGGGCGUACCACCGCGCGCGCGCGGCCCGCACCCCCAGCGACCGCCGACUGCCAAUAACGCUCGACGCGGCCGACCUGGCCGACCUGGCGCCGCCGUCCCCGCCGCCAGAGUUUGUCGCGCCCCCGCCGGCGUACGAGCGCGAAGACACGGAAGCAACCAUCCGUGACCUCCAGGCGAGGUUAUCUACCGCCCUCGAAGAGGCCGAGCGCGCACGCGCACGCCUUGCCGAGGCCGAGGAGGCCCGCCGCGAGCUCGAGGAGCGCGUCGUGUGCUUGGAACGCCGCGGGGGGGAGGAGGUCGCGGUUUAGUGAGUGGACGGCGGUGGACGGACAGGAAUAGCCCAGCUCGCCCGGCCGGCUUCGCGGAGGACAGCCGCGCGAGGGAGGGGCCGGCGCCGGAAGCGACCGACGCGCGGACGUCGGGCAACGACGAGCAAUGUGUGCAUAGAUAUUAGAGGGUUGUACCAUGUGACGAGUGGG